AUGGACGGAGGAAGAGUGGCUGAUGAUCAAGCGGACACUAGAGAAAUGAUAAGGAUGAUGCAACAGAGGAUGGAUGAGAUGCAGAGGAAUUAUGAAGCGCAGAUGCAAAUUUUACGAGAGGAGAAUGCCAUCCUAAGGCAGAAGGAGGAAGGAAUCCCGUCGACGCCUACCGUACCCGACCCAAACAGGUUAAGUCGUGUACAGCAGCACAGGGACGCCGAACGGGUAGAGAGCCGCCUCCCCCCUACAGGACACGAGCAAUCACAACCAGCUCGGAUUGAGAAGACACAGGCUUCAAGGGGAAAUUCGUCACGCACGGUGGCGGAGAGCUCAGGGGCGAACGACGGGGGCCGCCCAUCGCGCCAACCGAUCCCCGCGUCGGGAUCCUCCCCCUUUACUUCGUAUAUCUUGGAGACGCCGCUACCGGAGAAGUGGAAAAUGCCGACAUUUGACAAGUACGACGACACGACCGACCUAGACAAUCACAUGCGGGUCUUCAUGCAUCAGAUGAUGUUUCACGCCGUCAGCGACCCCAUCUGGUGCCGAGUCUUCUCAACUUCGUUGACUGGGGAGGCGUUGGAGUGGUUCUCCGAGCUAUCGGCCGGUAGUAUUGACUCGUUCGCCACAUUGAAGGCAAGGUUCGGCACACAGUUCGCGCCCCUGAAACCGGCCAUUCUGACGGUCGAUAAUCUGGUGAACAUCCGACAAGAGGAUGGGGAAUCGCUGAGGAGUUACCUAGAUCGGUAUAAUCGGAUGUCGGUCAAGAUAAAAGGUCUCAGCGACGAGAUCGCGCGACAUCACUUCUCUUACGGACUCCAGCCGAGAGUUUUUGCGGACAAGAUAAGCCGUAAGAAACCGAAGACGAUGGAGGAGAUGAGGGAACGCGCGGCCAAAUUCAUACAGAUGGAAGAUAUGCAGGAGUUUAGGGUAAAGAAGAGGGAGAAGGAGGAUGCUGCACUCCCAAAACCGAUCGCGCCUAGACCGAGCAAACCCGUAGCCCGACCCACCGAAAGGAAGCCGCCAAAGUUCACAACUUACACUACUCUGGUUGUUCCCCGGGCCAGGAUCCUGCAAGAGGCCUUGAGCGCCGAUUCGCUCCCCGCGGUUAGGAAGAAGCCUCCGCCACCCGAUGCCGACGGCAGUAAACAUUGCCAGUACCAUCGGACAAUCGGGCAUACCACCGAAGAGUGCCACACGCUCCGCGACAAAAUAGAAGAGCUCAUCCGGCAGGGGCACUUGAAGAAAUACAUUCGACAAGAUCGUCCCCCGCGGAGUCCGGUGAGGAACCGAAGCCCGACGAGGAGAGUCCCCCCAUCCCGAUCUGAGAAGAAGAGGGAGCCCGAGCGCGAGAAACGAAGGAGAGGACCAUCCCGAUCACAUCGGAGUCCGAGAAGGAGCCGCAGUCGUAGCCAUGAUAGACCCCUGAGGGGAUACAUCAAUACCAUCUCCGGAGGGUUCGCCGGAGGAGGGUCGAGCUCCGCAGCUCGCAAAAGGCACGUUCAGGCGUUGAAGUCGGUUCAUCUGGUCGAGAGGAAGAUCCGCUCGAUGCCUCCCAUCACAUUCACGGACGACGACUUCAAGGCGUCCGAUCCCGAUCAUGAUGACCCGAUGGUUAUCUCGAUAGAGGUGGCCGAGUAUGGGACCGGGAAGGUGUUGGUCGAUCAGGGAAGCUCUGUCAACAUCCUAUACUGGAAGACUUUCCAGAGGAUGAACCUCUCCGAGGACCUGAUUGUACCAUACAAUGAGCAGAUAGUAGGUUUCCCGGGCGAGCGGGUCGACACGAGGGGAUAUGUGGACCUUCGUACGAGGAUCGGCUCAAGGAAGGACGACCGAGAGGUAAGGGUUAGAUUCCUUUUGGUUGAAGCUAACACCUCGUACAAUGUAUUGCUAGGGAGACCCUGUUUGAAUGCUUUCGGAGCGAUCGUGUCUACCCUGCACCUAGCCAUGAAGUUCCCGUCGGACAGAGGGACAAUUUGCACGGUGCACGCGGACCAACAAGUCGCCCGACAAUGCUAUGCCGCGGGAUUGAGGAUUACUCCUUAUAGUCGCCCGUGA